AUGUUGAAAUGGUACUUGCUCACCCUCAUUAUGCGCCAAAAACUCCAAACACCAGACCAGAAACGACGUGAAGAAUGGGUGAUUUGGAUCAAAGACAAGAUGGACCAAGUACUUAAAGACGACGACACAGCUAACUGGGACAAGCUUUGUAUCUACAAAGUUCCACAUUAUCUUCAAGAAAACGAUAAGAAGUCCUACUUCCCUCAAAUCGUCUCACUUGGUCCGUACCACCAUGGCAAAGACCAUCUCCUACCAAUGGACCAUCACAAGUGGCGUGCGCUCAAUAUGGUCAUGGCACGCACCAAGCACAACAUUGAAACGUAUAUUGACGCCAUGAAAGAGCUCGAGGAGAAGGCUCGUGCAUGUUACGAAGGUACUAUUAGUUUGAGCAGUUACGAGUUCACAAAAAUGCUGGUUCUUGAUGGUUUUUUUGUUCUUGAGCUCUUCAGAGGAUUGGAUAAAGGAUUCUCGGUACUAGGAUAUGGUCGUAAUGAUCCGGUCUUUGCGACGCGAGGUUUGAUGCAUUCGAUUCAACGUGACAUGGUAAUGCUGGAAAAUCAACUUCCUCUGUUCGUACUGAACCGGUUGUUAGAGUUACAGCUCGGUACACAAAACCAAACCGGUUUAGUGGCACAAUUAGCAAUUCGGUUCUUUAACCCGCUAAUGCCAACCGAUAAACCAUCAACCAAAACCGGCCAGGCUAAAACCAAGAAAUCUUUUAAAAAGGAUGAGUUCUUUAACCCAAUUGCUGACAAGGAGGAGGAAGAGUUGCACUGUCUGGAUGUUUUCCGUCGAAGUUUGCUCAAGCCUAGUUUGACACCUGAGCCGAGGUUAUCACGAAAGAGAUGGUCCAGGAAAACGCGUGUGGCGGACAAGCGCCAACAACAACUGAUACAUUGCGUGACGGAACUAAGAGAGGCCGGUAUUAAAUUCAAGAGAAGAAAAACUGACCGGUUUUGGGACAUUAGGUUCAAAAACGGUUAUCUUGAGAUACCUAAACUACUUAUCCAUGACGGUACCAAGUCUUUGUUCUCGAAUCUUAUAGCUUAUGAGCAGUGCCAUAUCGACUCAAACAACGACAUAACAUCCUACAUAAUCUUCAUGGACAAUCUAAUAGAUUCUGCCGAAGAUGUAAGCUAUUUGCAUUACUGUGGUAUCAUCGAGAACUGGUUAGGAAAUGAUUAUGAAGUUGCGGAUUUGUUCAACAGACUAUGUCAGGAAGUAGCUUUCGACCUCAAAGAUAGUUAUUUAUCUGAGUUGUCGCAUAAGGUUGAUCGUUAUUAUAACCGAAAGUGGAAUACUGUGAAAGCAGUCUUGAAACACAAGUAUUUCAAUAACCCUUGGGCAUAUUUCUCUUUCUGUGCAGCAGUUUUUCUGCUAAUUCUCACAUUAUUUCAGAGUUAUUUUACUGCUUAUGCUUAUUUUAAGCCUCCUAAGCCUCCUUAA